CUGUCUUCCCAACGCCCUAAUUAUAACAUAUUUGUUUCAGAUUAGUAGAUUUUGUUUCAACAGCAUAUAAAAUUCAUCUAAAAUAGGAAAUGGCAAUAACUUCAUUAGAUGUUUCGUGCGAUAAAAUACCCACGAAAUCGUCAUGUUCUGCACACAGUUCCAAAGGCGGUAAUUCUUGCCGUUUAGUUAAAAUUAACUUUGCUUCUGCCGAUGGGCGCCUAUCCAGCGCCGCAAGUAAGCUUAAUAAAGCUAAAAAAAAUAACCCUAGAUCUCCAUACUUAACAGGCGAUAGAGUUCAGUUACUUUCCAGAGUAACAGAAAAGAGAUUGGUUCAUAAAAAAACAACUGAUAUUGUUUCAUCUUUCCCAUUGGCUGUAAAUAUUUACAAAGCUAAUUCCGAUGAAUUUAAAUCAUCUAAAAAGGCCAAUAAGAAAGUUAAGAAAUCGGUGCUCACUCUUCCCAAUGACCCAGCGCCAGCGCCUCAGUGUACUGUGAGCGAUAUGAAUGAUUCGGAAUAUUGCGAAAAAAAUAUCAGAGUUCGCAAACAAAAAGUGAAGAAGCGUAGUCCGAUGCAAAACAGCAGGAAGGCACGUGUAAGAGAAAAAGAUUUCGAGUUUUAUGAUAGAGACGAUAUAAACUUAGACUGUAGCUCUACAGAUAUGAUUAAAAAUUUUAAUGGUGAUGGCAAGAGGAUUUCUAACAAAAAGAAAAAUUUACCACCUCCAAAUAAAACUCAAACGGCAAGUAACGACCUAAGUGAUGUGUGGACCGUGCUUAGAAACAUCAAUAAAUUUCAGUUCAGACCUUCACCUCCGAUGUCUGAAGCGAGUAUUAUACCGGUAAAGAAGAGAGUACAAAAACGUCAAAGAAGAUCAAAUCGUAAGGAUACACGUGUUAUUGAGACUUGUCGGACCCAAGAGUUUGCGUACAUAUCAAGUUACGAAGUGGAUGAUAAAACUAAUAACAGCUUUUCACAAUCCUCUAGUAUUGAUCGUAUAACAGUCAUUGACAAGAAAAAUGAAUUUAGCAAAAUAUGCGAGGAAUUCGAAAAACGACUACUUAAAACACAUGAAUUUCUUAAAGAUUCGAAUAAUAACAAAACUCGUACACAGAAACAUAAAAAUCAGCGUAAACUAUCUAAAGGUAACUUAAAAGCUAUAGGUAGUGGUGGAUCUAAAGAAAAUAAACAGCUAAUACCUCUGAAAAAGAAGAAAAAAUCAAACUUUAAAUCUUCGUUUGAUCAACAAUAUAAAUGUGAACCCACAAAUAAUAGCGUUAACAAAGACUCUUUAAUUGAUGGAGAGAAUACACAAGUGACUGACGACUCCGACAUUUUAUCACAUAAAACUGAUGUCGAUAGUAUGCUUCCAACGAAUGGCAGCUGUAUUUCUUCAGAGUAUUCAGGAUCAAGCAGAUGUGAAUUAUCCGAUAAAAAUAAUGACAAAGUUAUUAGAACGGAUAACGCUGUGGAAGAUCCACAUUCUCAAUUAAAAGAUUCAAUCAGAACGGUUCAGAAUAAGGAUCAGGAGUCAGCUAGCCCACCCAAACGACUUGAUCCUCAGAAAAGGAAACCCCGCUUAGUUACCACGAUGCCCAGUUCGUGUAUGAUGCCAAAACCAACACAAACCGAAAUUAAAAGGAGGCUGGCGAAUAUCAAGUUUCCGAUAGUAAUUUUAGGGAAGGAUCAAGUCAGUUCGGGUAUUAAAGUUAUGGAUGAAGACCCUCCACAAUUUAGUGGCUUAGACGAACACAUCUGGCCUUUUAUGGCUGAAUGGUCCCCGCAAGCCACUAAAGAUACAAAGCCCAAUAAUUUUCUUGACAAAAAGUGUAAUUCUUUCCUUUCUGACACCAAUUCAAGCAAAUCACGCAAAAGUGAUAAGGGAACACGAAAGCGGUCACCAUUGAAAGAAAAUAAACCGGCAAGUGGUGAUCCAACUAUAUAUAAAAAGAAAUUUGAAGUGAGGCGACCAAUGGAAAUAACAGAUAUAACUGAAAAGUUGCUUCAAUGUACGAGGAAGCAAAAAUCAAUUGUUCAAUUAAAGGACAAAAUGUUGAACUUCUUGUAUAAAAAGUCCUCGUGUCGUAAUAUUAACAGCCUAAAUGAAGAAAGCAAUGCCAAAAGCUCUGCUAUAAUUGAAAAUAAAAAAGCAGACGCAAUUGAGCCUGCAAAACCAGAAAACAUUUUAGCACUCACUGAAUUGCCGAAGCGAAGAACUUUUGCAAGCCCAUUCCCAACUGUAGGCAAGAAUAAAAGAAUACAAAAUUAUGCUUACCCAUGGGCCAAAGCAAAGUGGGCAAGUGAUUUUAUAGAAAAUGUUAUAAAGAAGAUACGUAGCGGAGUUUAUUACACUCAAGAACACAGGGAUACUUUCCACAGAUAUCAAAUCGGCGUAAAAGAAGUUUCUGUACAAGCAGGCUCGGUAUGCGAUUCUUCUGAUUCUACUCAGACUUAUGAUAGCGAUACAGAAACCGAACAUGCGCCAAAUACACGCAAUCCGAUACCAGGCUUCGAGAAAACACUACCAAUGCUAGAAAUCAAGACCCUCAAUAUGAAUCAAAUUGCUGUUAAACACUGUGUGACGAAUGUCAUAGUACAGUUCGAUGUAAUACUUCCAGCAAAGAGUGAACAAACUUCCACGAACACAUCAACAUAUAAAAGUAGUCCACUAAUACCAGUCGAGAUAACUGAUAGUCACACCAAAGUGUUCAAAUGCAAAACAACGAUUUUUAACGCCGUGUUGCCUGCCGAGAUAUGUAGCAUUCUACCACAAAUGAUGAGUGCUAUAAUCGAUACGAAUUCCAAUACGACCACUGCAAUGUGCCCCACAAAAACGGAUUCGUGUUUAUCUACAAUAACAGAGCAAACCCGUUGUGAAGCUGGCGAAUCCUUAAGUGGAAUAGCCUCAAGUCAUAGGUCAACUGAGAUCAAACCUGCAAUUCAAGGAUCAUUUACAAAUAAAGCUUACAAAAAGCCAAUACCCACAAAAAUCUAUUUUAGAUUCGAUUACGACAAUCUUUUAGCAGAAGAAUUGUUACCAAAGGUUUCUUUGGAUGGUUUAGUAAAGUAUGAAAUUAAUCCCCGAUUAGUGGAAAUUGACAAUACAAAAUGUAUACUUUCGCUUGUUAUGUUACGACGAUCGAUCAGGCAAAAAUCAAGUGUAACUGAUAUGGUACAAACCAAUACCAGUACGAGUAUGGAAGUUUAUACUGGUAGUAAACGAAGCGUAUGUCCAGCUUACAAGCCUUUAGACAUCGUGGGUGUCAUCAAAAGUAUAUUACGCACUCAUCAUUUGCAAAUUAACAUGAAUUUAACGUCUUACUUCGAUAUGCUUAAAAUGAAAUACGAUGGCAAAAAUAUUAAAAUUAAUAUGUCGCUAACAAAUUGCAAUGGUGAACAGAAAAAUGUUGUUGUAACAGUAAACAACUUGAAAGUUGAUUCCCUCUUCGAAGCAUUGCCAAAAAUGAACAUUAAAAAGAAAAAUUCGGUGAAUAAAAAUAAUCCUAUCAAAGUUAUGGAUUAUGCAAACACAUCUUUGGCUGGCAAAUCAGAAAAUAUGGAAAUAAACCGAACCAACUGCACUAAAGUUAAAAGAAAAGGAUUCUAUAAGCUUUAUAGGAAAUGCAAAUCUACUACAAAUAUACCCUCAGCAGAGAAAUGUACUAGCACUCCACUGAGUAAAAUUACGACAUUGGAGGACUUUUUCCAAAUUCUCGGAUCGAAAAGAAUGCUUUGUAGCGUGUUUGAUGGGUAUUCUGCAAAAAAGAUUUUAUCGUCAAUAUCGGAGAUGAAGAACUGGAUUACUGAAAUCAAUGCGAAACAGGCUAUGCUUAUAUUACUCCUGACCAAUAAGAAAGAUACGCAAAAUUUAGUGCGUUUCAGACCUAUUAUUUUACAAGGCAUUGCAGUUAACCGAAUUACUAGAGCUUCAGAAUUGGAUAUGGAAAUUGAAGUGAUAGAAAGGGAAAAUUUAAAUAAAUUCCCGCAGCAGUUUGAAGGAAUAUCUUAUUUACCGGAGUCGGUAACGAAUUACGACAAUCUAAUGGAGGAGUUGUAUUGGAUAGCUAAAACUACUGCUUCCGAUUACCAAAAACCUUUUGACGAAACUUCAGAAAGGCUUCUGAGGUCCUUAUUGGAGAAACGUAAGAAAUUGAAUCCUUCGUAUCUCCGAGUGAUGGCGCGUUACGUGGGCUUGGGACUGCUCAAGUCACCAGCGAAAUGUUAAAUUAUAAUGAGUAGGUACUGUGCUGUUAAACAUUGUGGGAGGUCAAAAUUUUG